UAGGAGUCCCUAGAACCUCCCGCAACAAAUACCCCCUCCUUCACCCCUCUGGACGCGACGCCGGCAUCAGUAAUUGAGCGCCGCGGCGGCGGAGGCGGGCGAGGCUGCAGACGCCGACGAGGGCUGAGCCGGACCCACCCACCCACCGAGCGCCGUGGCUUGGGCGGCCGGGGAGAGGGAGGGAGUGGUUGGUGAGCUCUAAUGGCGGGCCUCCCCUUUCUCCUCGCGCUCCACAUCGCACUGCUGCUGCUUCUUCCCUGCUCCUGCCAGGUUGGGGAUUCGUGCUCGUCGGCGCGCGACUGCGGCGCCGGCCUCUACUGCGGCAAUUGCGCCGCCACCGGCAAGACCCGGCCGUCCUGCAUCAGAGACCUGGCGAUCCAGCCUACCUCCAUUGUGAAGGGACUGCCCUUCAACCGCUACUCAUGGCUGGUCACCCACAACUCCUUCUCCAUCAUAGGCGAGCCGUCGCACACCGGAGUCGAGAGGGUCACGUUCUACAACCAGGAGGACACUGUCACUAACCAAUUGAGGAAUGGAGUGAGGGGAUUGAUGCUGGAUAUGUAUGACUUCAAUGAUGAUAUCUGGCUCUGCCACUCCUUGCAAGGCCAAUGCUACAACUUCACUGCUUUUCAACCAGCAAUUGACACAUUGAAAGAGGUGGAAGCAUUUCUAUCUGAGAAUCCGACAGAGAUAAUAACAAUAUUCAUUGAGGAUUACGUCCAUUCAACGAUGGGAUUGAGCAAAUUGUUUACUGCUGCUGACUUGACGAAAUAUUGGUACCCUAUCUCAGAAAUGCCAACUAAUGGAAAGGACUGGCCAAGUGUCACAGAUAUGGUUGCAAAGAACCACAGGUUGCUAGUGUUUACUUCUGAUUCUUCAAAGGAGGCUAGCGAAGGAAUAGCAUACCAGUGGAGUUAUCUGCUGGAGAAUGAGUCUGGAGAUCCAGGGAUCACUGGUUCUUGUCCAAAUAGAAAGGAAUCACAACCACUAAACUCAAGAUCUGCAUCUCUGUUUAUGCAAAAUUACUUCCCCACAAUUCCUGUAGAGAAUGAAGCGUGUAAAGAGAAUUCUGUUGGACUACCACAGAUGGUCCAAACUUGCUAUACUGCAGCUGGAAAUAGAAUCCCUAACUUCAUAGCUGUGAAUUACUACAUGCGAAGCGAUGGUGGGGGUGUUUUUGAUGUUCAAGACAGGAUCAAUGGCGUGACACUAUGUGGCUGCAACACCAUUGCUGCUUGCCAGGCUGGGGCACCAGCGGGCGCAUGCAAGGACACCGGAGCCCCUAACCGGACUUCCUCUUCUGUAAAUGGAAACGUAUAUUCAGGAACUAUAGAAUUCAAGUCACCUGCUUCAGCAGCCAGCAUUUCGAAUGCUAACAUCCCUAGUAAAUUUGUUGGUUUGCUACUGCUAGGUCUUGUGUUGAUCAUUAAGCCGUUUUGAUCUUUCAGGCAUUCUUUUUUUCUUUUGAUGAGUUUGCCACGUUUCUUUUUCGUUUUUAAUGUCUCCUAUGUGAUGGGAUUACAAUUACAGUAAGUAAUCUUGUUAGCCAUCUAGGCUAGAAUAGAUUCAGAGAGUUACGGUCUGGUCUGUUUGGCUGUCUGACCUGAGAAAUUUCCUCUCAUGCCUGCUCGAUAUGUUCUAGGCUAGCACCUUACGUUGUACCCAUCACGAAGUAAUACAAAGAAAUUGAAUGGAUUAAUGGUCCUAUGGGUUGGCACCAA